AUGCCUCAACAGCACCUGCAUUUUGUUCAAACACCGCAACGAAAACGUUCAACACCAUCCGAUGACCUUUUGGCGCGUUCCAGCCAACAACCAUUGGACACAGACGAGAGCUACGCCUCUCAAUGCCAGCCUUCGCCACCUCGCACGGGCUCUGUAGCCUCUUGCGCCAAGCCAAGGACGUCAUGGAUCUUCUCUCACAUGCCAGACGAGGAUAUCGAAACGAGAUAUUACAAUCAACGGACCAGGAAAGAAGAAUGGCGCUGCAAGUAUUGUGAGAAGACAUAUUCUUGUUCCGGUGGAACUGCGGCUCCAACUAAGCACCUAACGGAUCCUCCUCCGGACGGUCAUGGCCUCCCAAAGGGCGCCUCACGAUCGGCCAAAGUAAGAACUAUACGAACCAUUCUCGAACAAGCUCGUCUUACGGCCGAAGAAAAUGUACGAAAACGCCGUCAACUUAACAAUCAUUACGGAGACUCGGUCGACCCGGACCAGCUUGAAGUGUUGUACGUACGGUUUAUUGCCGCCUGUUCUCUUCCAUUUCGGCUUGUGGAAUGCGCAGAAUUCCGUGCACUAUUAUCCUACGUUAAUGCCGAUAUUGAUACCUGGCUUCCAGACACACACCAAACUAUCAAGAAAUGGAUUAUGCGCCAGUAUGAAGAUCAGAAGGAGAAGGUCAAGCAGCGCAUUCAGUCGGCAAAGUCGAGGAUUCAUAUCAGCUGCGAUCUCUGGACCUCUCCCAACUCCCUGGCAAUCUUGGGCGUAGUUGCUCACUAUGUAACGGAAGACGGCAAGCUGGAACACCAUACUUUGGCCCUAAAGGACAUCGACGGUGAGCAUGAUGGUUCUCAUCUCGCUGCGGCAAUUAUGGAAGUGGUUGAAGAUUGGGGCUUUGCUUCUAAGUUGGGCUAUUUCGUCAUGGAUAAUGCAACCAAUAACGACACAAUGAUGAAGUCGCUUUCUCUUGCCCUUCUACGUCAAUUUGACAUACAGUAUGAUCCCAAAUCUCACCGACUCCGCUGCCAAGGUCAUAUUAUUAACCUAGCCGCUAAAUCCUUCCUCUUCGUUACCGAUAACGAGAAGCUCGAACACGAAGAUUCCAGUCUGCACAAUGUGACACUAAAACAGAUUGAGGCGUGGCGGCGGAAAGGCCCACUUGGUAAGCUUCACAACUUUGCCGUUUACAUUCAGCGAAGUGUUCAGCGCAGCCAGAAGUUUAUGGCUAUUAGCCAUGACCGCAGGCUUGCGCGAGACAACGACACAAGAUGGAAUUCGUGGUAUACCAUGCUGCGAGCGGCCUUGAAUCUUAGAGAAGCAAUUGAUGGCUAUUUCAACAAAUGGGUAGAAGCAGAUUGCGCUGGAGACAGGCUUUCAGCAGAGGACUGGACCAUCCUCGAGAAGAUUAAAUCUUUUUUAGAGAAGCUCAAAAUGACGACCAAGGCUCUAGAGUCAUCGUUUGCAACUCUUGACCACGUCCUGUUGGCUAUGGACUUUGUGUUGGCACAAUUUGAAGCAGGAAAAGAGGCAUAUACGGACGAUCCAAUGAUGGCACCAAUGUAUAACUCGGGCUGGGCGAAAUUGGAUAAGUACUAUCGCCUUACGGACGAAUCGCCUGCCUAUGUCGCAGCUAUUGUGCUUCACCCCUCGCAUAAAUGGCAUUAUAUACACGAGAACUGGAAGAGGGAAUGGAAUGAGUCAUCGGAAAAGUUGAUUGAGACGCUCUGGGGUGAAUAUAAACCCGUGGAAUCACUUCCUCUCGCCGAGGCACCAUCCACGACUACAAACGAGUUCUUGAAAUGGCGAAACAAGCAUCUACAACCGGCACCUAUCAGGGAUGAGUACGAGCAUUAUUGUAAGUCUGAGCGGGUGUAUGGGUUUACCAGUGCCCUGACAUGGUGGCUAGAGGAGACGCAGCAAAAGACCUACCCUAACUUGAGCAAAAUGACCGUGGACAUACUGUCAAUUCCUGCAAUGGCUGCCGAGCCUGAAAGGCUCUUCUCUGGGGCAAAGAUAACCAUUACAGAUCGUCGAAAUCGCAUGGGGAGUGAUGUAGUUGAAGCAUUAGAGUGUUUAAAGUCAUGGUUUGGGAUAUUAGAGUUUCAAAGCACUAUAAUGUAG